CUCAUUAUACCGGGCUUCCGGUUUUUGCCGCGAACUUUUGGAAUAAACCAACAGCAUAUAGGGGUUAUUUAAGUAAACGUAUCAAUAAACACACUCAUAACAAAACGUGGCAUGAUUUUGAAACAAAAAUACAAAAUAAUACCUAAAUAUGUUUACUGUUAUAUUAUCUCAUGUUGAAGUACUUUAGUCUUUUCUAAAAGAUACAAUUCUUAUUUUUCGGGAAUCACCCUGUUGGACGCAUAACAAAACAGUAUCGUCUAUUGUCGAAACCCCGCGAAAUCUACGUCACGGACACAUUUCGCGCGCUUAUUUAGUAGCUUCUGCAUAGACUUGUGGAUAGGAAGCGAUCAUGUCUUCACCUUCUUCGACGCCGAGUAAGGGCAAACGCGGGAGACGCAGCAACCCGCAGACCCCCAGGAGCGACGAUGUCAGGUCUCCCCCGUCCCAGCGCCGCCGGACCGAUGACACCUCCACGGGCGACCUGCAGCCCAUGCCGACCUCCCCGGCCACGGACAUGCGCAGUCCCGCACGCCACGACACCUCGCUGUUCUCCAGCCCGGUCCGCUCUCGGCGCUCAGCCCCCCCCAGUGAGAUUGACGUCAGCUCCCCCCUCACGUACGGCACCCCUAGCUCCAGGGUCGAGGGAACCCCCCGCAGUGGCAUCCGCGGUACUCAGGCCCGGCAGCGACCCGAUCUGGGCUCCGUCCGCAAGGCCCGGCAGGUCGACCUGCACUCAGACCGGGCUGCUGGAGAGGAGGCCCACGCCAGUGAGCAGUCUGUGGGCCAGAAGCUGGUCAUCUGGGGCACAGACGUCAACGUGGGGACCUGCAAGGAGAAGUUCCAGCGGUUCCUCCAGCGGUUCAUCGACCCCACCUCCACCGAGGACGAGAAUGCCGGCUUGGACCUCAACGAGCCCCUGUACAUGCAGAAGCUGGAGGAGAUCAACGUGGUCGGGGAGCCCGUGCUGAACGUCAACUGCGGCCACCUGCAGGCUUUCGACGCUGAUCUCUACAGGCAGCUCAUCAGCUACCCCCAGGAAGUCAUCCCGACCUUCGACAUGGCUGUGAACGAGCUCUUCUUUGAGCGAUUCCCCGACUCCAUCUUGGAGCAUCAGAUCCAGGUGCGGCCCUACAGCGCCGUCAAGACGAGGAACAUGAGGAACCUCAACCCUGAAGAUAUCGACCAGCUGAUCACCAUCAGCGGCAUGGUCAUCCGCACCUCGCAGCUCAUCCCCGAGAUGCAGGAGGCCUUCUUCCGCUGCCAGGUGUGUGCCUUCUCAACGCGCGUGGAGGUCGACCGCGGGCGCAUCGCCGAGCCCGCCGUCUGCCGCAGCUGCAACACCACCCACAGCAUGGCGCUCAUCCACAACCGCUCGGCCUUCUCUGACAAGCAGAUGAUCAAGCUGCAGGAGUCCCCCGAGGACAUGCCGGCCGGACAGACGCCCCACACCACCGUGGUGUACGCCCACAAUGACCUGGUGGACAAGGUUCAGCCUGGGGACAGAGUGAACAUCACAGGUAUCUACAGGGCAAUGCCCACGAGGCUGAACCCUCGGCAAAGCAACGUGAAGUCCGUCUACAGGACCCACAUAGACGCCAUCCACUUCCGCAAGACGGAUGAGAAGAGGCUGCACGACCUGGAUGAGCAGGCCGAGGAGAAGCUCUUCACCGAGGAGCGGGUGCGAAUCCUGCGGGAGCUGGCGGCCAAGCCCGACGUCUACGAGCGCCUGUCCUCCGCGCUCGCUCCCAGCAUCUACGAGCACGAGGACAUCAAGAAGGGCAUCCUGCUGCAGCUGUUCGGCGGGACGCGGAAGGACUUCAGCCAGACGGGCCGCGGAGGCUUCCGGGCCGAGAUCAACAUCCUCCUGUGCGGCGACCCCGGCACCAGCAAGUCGCAGCUGCUCCAGUACGUGCAUAACAUGGUGCCACGCGGCCAGUACACGUCGGGCAAGGGCUCGAGUGCCGUCGGCCUCACCGCCUACGUUAUGAAGGACCCCGAGACCCGGCAGCUGGUCCUGCAGACUGGCGCGCUCGUGCUCAGUGACAACGGCAUCUGCUGUAUCGACGAGUUUGACAAGAUGAGCGACAGCACCCGCUCCGUGCUGCACGAGGUUAUGGAGCAACAAACCCUGUCCAUCGCCAAGGCAGGAAUCAUUUGUCAGCUGAAUGCCCGGACGUCCAUCUUGGCUGCAGCUAAUCCGGUGGAGUCUCAGUGGAAUCCCAAAAAGACCACAAUCGAAAACAUCCAGCUCCCCCACACCCUGCUGUCCAGGUUCGACCUGAUCUUCCUGAUGCUGGAUCCUCAGGACGAGGCCUACGACCGGCGCCUGGCCCACCACUUGGUGUCCCUGUAUUACCAGAGCGAGGAGCAGCUGGAGGAGGAGUUCCUGGAUAUGGCUGUGCUGAAGGACUACAUUGCUUAUGCUCGCACUUACAUCAGCCCCCGUUUGAGCGAGGAGGCCAGCCAGGCACUUAUUGAGGCCUAUGUGGACAUGAGGAAGAUCGGCAGUGGGCGUGGCAUGGUGUCCGCCUACCCCCGGCAGCUCGAAUCCCUCAUUAGGCUGGCAGAGGCUCACGCCAAGGUGCGCUUCUCUGAGAAAGUGGAAAACAUUGACGUGGAGGAGGCCAAGAGGCUGCACCGGGAAGCCCUGAAGCAGUCCGCCACCGAUCCCCGCACCGGCUUCGUGGACAUAGCAAUCCUGACCACAGGAAUGAGUGCCACGGCGCGUAAACGCAAAGAGGAGCUGGCACUGGCCCUGAAGAAGCUCAUCCAGUCCAAGGGCAAAACCCCCGCCAUGAAGUACCAGCAGCUGUUCGAUGACAUCCGGGGCCAAUCGGAUGUGGCCAUAACGAAGGACAUGUUCGACGAGGCCCUCCGUGCCCUGACCGACGAGGACUACCUGACUGUGACUGGGAAGACUGUCCGCCUGCUCUAAUUCAUUGAAGAUGAAUCCUGCAGUUGCAGUUCUUGCUCAUUGUAUCUCCUGCUUUGUGUCACUGCUUUUUAUUCCCUAUGUUAUUUGCUAAACAUAGUAUGAGAUUUGUGCUUUCGAUUGGAAAUGUAUGUGUUGUGUGAUAAAGGUCUGGGGUCACUCUUGUCAAAUGGAAGUGUCUUGCCCGUUUUGUUCUUUUGUCCAUAGUACAGGUAGAUCCAUACCUGGCAUUUGCACCUUGCUGCAGUUUUCAUUCAUAAACUACAGAUGAUUGAUUUGUGCUUGUGAUACAAAUGUUGCCAGUUCAAAUCCCAUGUCUGGUAGAGUGAUGUCACUUCUGAGCCCCAGAGCAAGGCUCUGAAACCCCCAACUGCUCCAGUGGGCUGUCCAGCUUUAUCAAAAAUCUACGUAGCCGUGGAUAAAAACGUGCUAACGUUUAUUUGUAGCAGAACAUGCUUCUCGGAUCAAACUACUUAUACACCUAUGAACCAUGUGGUGUACGGAUAUGGUGCAAAUGCGAAUGGCUGCUGAGCACAUUGCGGGAUCUCCGUACCCCAUGAAGAGUAACUCGAUUGAUGGCAGUCCCUUUCUGUGCUGUGUAAUAGAAUGUUGAGUCAAGUCCUUUCUUGUAUGAAAGUGGAAUGCAAUACUGUCUGAAUGACAAUGUUGUUCUGCCAGUAUUGCGGUUUGAAUUAAUAAUUGGGGAGUGUUAUUGCCAUUGUGGGGCAUUUGAAAAGGUAAAUAAAGCUAUUUAUUAAUGGG